AUGUUGAGUCUGCAACAACCACACCGACGGGGACCAUGGUCCGCCCACGAGGAUGCCCAUUUACUCAGUCUUGUACAGCUCCACGGACCCCACAACUGGGUUCGCAUCGCGUCACUGGUGAAUAGCCGGACGCCCAAACAGUGCCGGGAGCGCUACCACCAGAACCUGAAGCCUACCCUGAACCACGACCCCAUCACACCGGAAGAGGGUGUGAUGAUCGAACGACUGGUCGGGGAGAUGGGCAAGCGGUGGGCCGAAAUUGCCCGAAGGCUCCACGGCCGCAGCGACAACGCCGUGAAGAACUGGUGGAAUGGCGGCAUGAACAGACGGAGGAGGAUGUGCCUCCGCCAGAGAUCGCAAUCCCACAACCUGGACAGCAUCAACACCGCCACCACCGCCGCCGUCAGCAGCAGCAGCAUCAACAGGCACUCGGAGGACAACAUGAGCCAGUUUGCUACCCCACAAUACUCGCCGGUCGGCAAGAAUCUCACCAUCGAUGUCAGCCGGGGACACCAUGACACCCCGCUAUCCUCACCCGCAUACACCGAGAGCUCGAGAGGCCAGACCCCCGGAUUGAUAUCUGAUGCUGCCAGUGCCUUCAGUGCGUCCCCGCGCAUGCCACCCUCCCCCAUGGGCAGCGAGAAUACGCUGCCACCGCUUCUGCCUCCCCACGGUGCACAGCACCGGCGGACGUCGUUGCCCAUCCUGCAGGUCCCCGAGGAGCAUCGUAUCACAGAGUAUGAUGGCCGUGUGCAAUCAUUCACUCGACGACAUUCCAGUACGAGCAGGGAUUUCGAGAUACGCUCUCGAGAAUUCUCCUAUACAGCCUCCUCGCUCUCACACUCUGCCUCCGCCCAGCGGUAUUCCGCGAUGGAUUCGAGUUAUCACUACCUACGGCACAAGGUGCCGCAAUACGACUCUCAUCGUGAUCCCGUCAUCAUACGUGAUCCGGAAUCUGCUCAGCAGGAUACUAGAAUGAAUCUGGCUAGUAUCUUGGACUGAUCACCGAUUUUUGGCGCACCCCCCUUUUUCUUCUUUUUUGUCUCCACAAUUCUCUCUCUCCUUCCAUCUAUCCCUCUCGCUUUGAAGGGAAAAGAGGAAAGAAACAAAAAAAAACAACCAAAAAAACAUUCUAGUUCCUUCUUCAUUUCCAAACACCCUUUUCAACGUUCUCGAAGGCAUUGGUGUUAUCUCAUUUGCUUCAAUUGGCAUUUUAAUUGAUGGGGUUUGUUUCUUUUUCCCUUUCCCGUUCCAUCUGGGGAUUUUGAGACCAAGGGGCAACGGGGAUGGUGUGGGUAUUUCAUUUCAUUGUUGGAAUAUUUCAUAGGGAUUGGGUUAUCUUCUUCAUUUUCAUUCUGGUUUUUUUUUACUCAUUUUUCCUUUCUGCAGGUUAACGGCCGAAAGAGUUGGGUUCAUCCUUUCACAUUGUCAAAUAGGGGUUUUUUCAUUGUCAUCAUUCUUGGGCAGGCAUGGACGGGACGGACGGCGGUGGGUGGGGGAAACAACAUGGGAAACUUGGGUGGAUUCCGGGAAUGGGAUUUUUUUUCCUUUACUUCUUCCCUAUUUUAUUAUUACUCCACCUCAUUUGUUUUCUAUCACGCUCUCGAAGGGAGAGUUAGUUUUUCAUUUGUUUAUUAUUAGGGAUUAGCGGGUUAUUUUUUUAUUUUUAUUUUUUACUUUUAUUGGUAUUUGGGAAUUUCUGUUUUUUUCUUUUCGUUUUCCAUUUCUUUUCUUCCCAUGCUUGCCAUUUCUCGCCUCAUGGUCUUUCAUUGUGUUUUUCAUUCGUCUGAAGCCUUUUUUUCUCCUUCACUUUACUGACCAACAUUACUUCACUCGUAAUUACUCAUUGGCUUUCCAACAAACCUUUCCUUUGUCCGAUUCUCUUCAUCUUCAUCUUCAUCUUUCUCCAACAAAGCGGUAUAUCAUAAGGGAUUGGGUUUUUAUUUUGAUU